AAAACCGGAAACGGAACUCGUCUCUGUAUUAGCGGUGCGUCGCUGUUGGCUGCCGCAGAAGAAACAAGACGUUGCAAGUGAUCGAUACUCGAUCUUCGACCGUGAAUCAGGAACAACAGCGAUGGCUCUGGAGUCGCGGAUCACACAGGAGGAAAUCAAGAAGGAGCCGGAGAAGCCCAUCGACCGGGAGAAGACCUGCCCUCUUCUGCUGCGAGUGUUCACUACCAACAGCGGCCGACACCACAGACCAGAUGAGUUCUCUCGAGGCAACGUUCCCUCCAGUGAACUGCAGAUCUACACCUGGAUGGAUGCGACUCUGAAGGAACUGACCUGCCUGGUGAAGGAAGUGUAUCCAGAGGCCAGGAAGAAGGGAACUCAUUUCAGCUUCGCUAUAGUCUUCCCCGACACCAGAGGGAAACUAUACAAGUUGAAAGACAUCGGCAGUACUCUAUCGGGCAGGAAGGGAGCAGAUGACUCCAUGACACUGCAGUCUCAACACUUCCGGAUCGGGGACUACCUGGACAUCGCUAUCACGCCCCCUAACAGAGCCCCGCCCCUUAACACACGCAUGAGGCCAUUCUAAAACCACACACACGCAAGCAACACACCUAAUUCCCAUCAUUUUAGUUUUCUCUUUCUCAUCGUCUUGACUGAUUUUUGCAUCAUUUUGUAAAUUGUGACGUGUAAUAAAAGUUUUUUCCAAA